GAAAUGGCAGUUAAGACCGAAAAGAAAUGAUUGAUAAAUGAUAGUAGUUCAUUGAUCAUCACUUGUAAAUCACCCAAAGUUGAUCAAACGCGUAUAAGGAGUAAAAUUAAUUAGACUAAAUAUUGCUCGAUCAAUUCCUUCAGUAUUAUAAAUAAAGACGAACUGUCUGCCCAAAUAUAUACAUAAGUCUUAGUUCUUUCAAAACAUCUACAGAUCAGAUCACCGAAAAUGAUAUCCGGUAGCACAGCAACCGGGGCACCGGCCGUCAGCGUCGCGGCUCGAGUAACAACAUCCAGUACCUCUGUGGGCCCAAACCGGGCCACGGCCGGUUAUGCUACUUCAUCACCUCCGCCGGCUACUCUACCCUUCUCGCGGGACCUUGUGCCGAACCGGCCUGCUCUUUCUCCUGAUCAACUCCGUUACUGCAGUGAAGCUCUAGAGUUUUUCAAGGCCAAAUUUAAGAAUCCCGAAACAAUCAAGUCCAUAAUAAACAGCGAGUUCGACGACUUCUUGGAGAAAAAUCAUUCGAGAGUUGACGUAGUUUUGAAAUCUCCAGACGUGAAUAAGAAAUGCUCCGUGGCGUUUAAUCCUUUGAAUUACGAAACAAAUAACCGUUAUACCAAUGUCCUACCUUUCGACUUUAACCGGGUUAUCUUGGACCCCAAGAUAGGGUAUCGGCCAGCUGAAGCAGGAUAUAUCAACGCCAGCUUCAUUAAGAUGAAUCAUGCGAGCACAUCUCAGUUUAUUGCGACGCAAGGACCAAAAGAGUGUACAUUUCAAGAUUUUUGGGCAAUGAUUCUCCAAUAUCGUUGUAAAGUGAUCAUUAUGCUUACUAAAUUGAAGGACGACAAAGGGGGGGACUUAUGCUCUGAGUACUUCCCAGUAGAUGAGUGGUCCAAAGAAUUUGGCAGCAUAAUUGUCAAAACCAAGUGGAAGACAAGUAAUGAGACGGGAUUAACAUGGCGAUAUUUUGAAGUAAACUACAAAGAGGUAAGUUUUUUUUAUUCCCGAAACAUUGUCAAUUGUUCAACUUUUGAGAUAAUAUUUUUUAAAUGUCAUAUAAGCUAAUCCGUUCUGUUAGAUGACGAGAGUCACAAAAUAAAAAUAAUUGAAAUUGGAUGCAUUUCAGUUUUUUUUUCUUUUAAAAAAAUCCACCAUAAUGCACUCUACUAAAAUGCUAGUAAAACGCCCCUAACAAAGUCUUUGGUGGGAAUUAAACCUGAUCCUAUUCCUAAGAAACACAACAUCCUAAUUACUAGAAUGUUAUUCAUUUUCUUUAAAUAUCUUCUCCCAAUUUAUGAUGAAAUUGUUUUUUUUCAUUAAGGAAUAUAUUCAUAUAGUAGUGUAUGUGUUAACAAAGGAUAAGAAGAGUUACCUCGUUGAAUUGCAGUCUAAAGAACCACCUCUGGAUGUUUUACACAUUCAAUACCUUGAUUGGCCCGACAAAGAAGUCCCUGAAAACAACCUUCCUGUUCUUGAGAUCCUUAAGAUAAUGUACCACGUUCCAACUGAUAUUGGACCCGUUGUGGUGCAUUGCAGGUAUCAAAUACGAAAAUAUGUGUAAAUUGCUCGAUUUUCUAUAAUUUUUAAGUGUCUAGACAUGGCCAUUAUUAUGGGCGAGAGCAAUAUCAUUGAUUUUUCUUGUAAGUAAGUAUCGGGCUAAACAUGAUUUCUACGAAAUGUUUGCUUUGGAUAGUGCUGGAAUUGGUAGAGCUGGGACAUAUUGCACUAUCCACAAUACCAUUCAAAGGAUUUUGCUUGGAGACAAGUCAGCUUUGAAAGUUCUUGACACAGUCACUUUUUAUAGAUGUCAACGAAUGGGAAUGGUCCAGAAUAAGGUAUACAAUAGUACCCUCCUCAACUUGAUUUUAUGGUAUACUUAUUCCGUCUCAAAAUAAUUUUGUUUAAUUAUUUAAAUGAUUUUUGUCUAAUAAAUAUGACUUUUAUUUGGGGAUCAGGAAACAGUACUUACUGUCUCUAAUAAAAUUAUAGAAUAUAUAUAUGUAACACAAGCUAUCAUUGUUACAAUUGUGUGAUGUUAUUUGUAAUUUGAGUGACACUUGUCCUGAUAAUUAAAACGAGCGCAUCAUAUCAUAAAUAUAUUCAACUAAACAAAAUUAGCAAUAAUUAUAAACUGCAGCAUUUUCCAACUUAAUGAAUAUAUAUUUGUAGCUAUAAACGUUCACGACAAAUAUUUUGGAUGAGUUCCCUGUAGCGAAGCCAUUAACAUUUAACGUAUCCUAUGUUCUCUUACACUGUUACACAUUUCAUAUGUGCCCUAAAUUAUUCCAGGAACAAUAUGAAUUCUGCUACAAAGCCAUUAUGGAUGAACUUGAGAAUCUUAAAUCGGAGGGCAAAAGCAAAAGGAGUUAAUUAGUUAAUGAGGGUAUAUAUGUCUACAUAAUUUCAUCUCUACUUUGUAUUUUCAUUUUUUUUUUCCUUUUUCUUACUGUUCCUAAUUGAAAGGUGCAGGGUGGCGCCAAGGUAUCCAACCUUCGUAGCUGGGGAGAGUAGAAACUUAUAUAAUACUCCCACCGUCUCAAAAUUAUUGACCAGUUUAGAUUUUUAUUUUUAGCACAAGUUAGGCCAAAAGUGAAAAUAAAAAAUGGAUAAUUUUGGGACAGAAGAAGUACAUCUUAUCCACAAGCAGAUAGUUUUUUGUUUCCUUCUUAAUGGAGAGUGGAUAAGCUUAUUUGAUAUUUUCUUAAUGUAAUUUGUAUUGCUUAAUACUAUAUCUCUCCAUUAUAUUCAAUUCAUAGACACAAUCCUUACUCGUGG